CUCGAGUCGGACCGUAGACAGCCGAUCCACCACCAUCUAUGUAACGAUGAAACCAGUUCUAUCCAGUUCUGCGCCUAAACGACUAUAUUUAUGUUUCACACUUUCGGAGUUUUAACCAUAGAUUGUAUAGCUGAGGAGGAGCAUAACUGACGGAAAUGGCCGCAUUAAACGAGCAAGCAAUGAAAUUGCUUGACUUCAACCAAAAGCUGGACAUAAAUUUACUAGACGACAUAGUAGGAUGCAUGUAUACGGGGGUAGGAGAGCAGCAAAGGGCAGCUCAAGAAGUGCUUACCAGCCUCAAAGAACACCCAGAUGCGUGGACAAGGGUGGACACAAUUCUUGAGUAUUCAAAUAACCAGCAGACAAAGUACUUCGCCCUUCAAAUACUUGAGCAAGUUAUUAAAACUAGGUGGAAAGUUUUGCCGCGAACUCAAUGCGAAGGCAUCAAAAAGUACAUCGUGGGCCUUAUCAUCAAAACAUCCUCUGAUCCUGCUACCUUGGAAGCUGAGAAGGUUUACCUGAACAAACUCAAUAUGAUUCUUGUACAGGUUUUGAAGCGAGAAUGGCCAAAGAACUGGCAGUCAUUCAUUCCUGACAUUGUUGGCGCCAGUAAAACCAAUGAAAGUCUGUGUCAAAACAACAUGGCCAUUUUGAAGCUGCUUAGCGAAGAAGUUUUCGAUUUUUCAAGUGGUCAAAUGACGCAGAACAAAGCCAAGUUUUUGAAGGACUCCAUGUGCAGCCAGUUUGGACAGAUUUUCCAGCUAUGUCAGUUUGUCAUGGAAUCGUCUCAAAAUGCCCCACUUGUUGCAGCUAAUUUAGAGACCUUGCUCAGGUUUCUCAAUUGGAUUCCACUGGGCUACAUUUUUGAAACAAAGCUGAUCAACACACUCAUCUACAAGUUUUUGGGUGUACCCAUGUUCCGAAAUGUGACACUUAAGUGCUUAACCGAAAUCGCCGGUGUUACGGUUACAAACUAUGACGACAUGUUUGUUUUACUUUUUACGGACACAAUGAGUCAGCUGGAGCAGAUGCUGCCUUUGAAUACCAACAUUCGUGAGGCCUAUGCCAGAGGGCAAGAUGCUGAGCAGAACUUUAUCCAGAACUUGGCCAUGUUCCUGUGCACCUACCUGAAGGAGCAUGGCAGCUUGGUAGAACAGAGACAUAUCGAUGAAACCCUUUUAAAGGCUCUGCAUUACCUCGUAUUGAUCUCAGAGGUGGAAGAAGUUGAAAUUUUCAAGAUCUGCCUAGAAUACUGGAACAGUUUGUGUGCUGACCUAUACCGAGAGAGUCCAUAUCCUGCCCAAUCAAAUCCGCUUUUCAUCGGAAAGAUUAACUCUCCACUUCCGCCCAGGAGACAGUUUUACAGCCCAGUUCUGACCAAAAUUCGCUACAUCAUGAUCAGCCGCAUGGCCAAACCCGAAGAGGUCCUCGUAGUUGAAAAUGAAAAUGGCGAAGUUGUCCGCGAGUUCAUGAAAGAUACAGACUCGAUUAACCUGUACAAAAACAUGCGUGAAACCCUCGUUUACCUCACCCAUUUGGACUAUGCUGACACAGAGCGCAUCAUGACAGAGAAGCUGCUCAACCAAGUGAACGGAACUGAGUGGUCAUGGAAAAACUUGAACACACUUUGUUGGGCGAUAGGCAGCAUCUCUGGGGCAAUGCAUGAAGAGGAUGAGAAGAGGUUCCUUGUCACUGUCAUUAAAGACCUGCUCGGCCUGUGUGAGCAGAAGAAGGGCAAGGACAACAAGGCAAUCAUUGCCUCUAACAUUAUGUAUGUGGUGGGACAGUAUCCCAGAUUUCUCAGAGCCCACUGGAAGUUCCUCAAAACUGUUGUCAACAAGCUGUUUGAAUUCAUGCAUGAAACGCACGAUGGCGUCCAAGACAUGGCUUGUGACACGUUCAUCAAGAUCGCUCUCAAGUGCCGAAGGCACUUUGUGCAGAUGCAAGUAGGAGAAGUCAUGCCUUUCAUCGAAGAAAUUCUGGCCAGCAUAAGUACAAUCAUCUGUGACCUGCAAUCACAACAGGUCCACACAUUCUAUGAGGCUGUCGGUUACAUGAUCAGCGCUCAGGUGGAUCAGCGCGUUCAGGACCAUCUGAUUGAAAACUACAUGAUGCUGCCCAACCAGGUUUGGGAUGACAUAAUUGGGCAGGCAUCGAAGAAUGUUGAUGUGCUCAAGGAUCAGGAGGCUGUAAAGCAGUUAUCCAGCAUCCUGAAGACCAACGUGCGAGCUUGCAAAGCUCUUGGUCAUCCUUAUGUCCUUCAGCUUGGCCGAAUCUACCUUGACAUGCUGAACGUCUACAAAGUGAUGAGUGAGAACAUCAUUGCUGCUAUCGCGAUGAAUGGAGAACAGGUGACCAAGCAGCCCCUCAUCAAGGGAAUGAGGGUUGUCAAGAAGGAAACUCUAAAGCUCAUCUCCGACUGGGUCAGCAGAUCAAAUGAUCCUCAAAUGGUGUUGGAGAACUUCAUUCCACCUUUGCUGGAUGCCGUCCUGCUGGACUACCAGCGGACAAGCGUGCCUGCCGCUAGAGAGCCGGAAGUGCUCAGCACCAUGGCGACCAUCGUCAACAAGCUGGGCAACCACAUAACUCCAGAGGUGCCUAAGAUCUUUGACGCGGUCUUUGAGUGCACCUUGCAGAUGAUCAACAAAGAUUUUGAGGAAUACCCUGAGCACAGAACCAACUUCUUCCUCCUUCUACAGGCGGUGAACAACCAUUGCUUCCCAGCAUUCCUCAACAUCCCACCCGCCCAAUUCAAGCUGGUCCUUGAUUCCAUCAUCUGGGCGUUCAAACACACCAUGAGGAAUGUGGCGGACACCGGAUUGCAGAUUCUGCACCAACUGCUGCAAAACGUAGAAGCGCACGACGAGGCAGCGCAAAGCUUCUACCAGACCUACUUCACCGACAUUCUGCAGCACAUAUUUUCAGUGGUGACAGACACUUCUCACACUGCUGGGCUAACCAUGCACGCCACCAUUCUGGCCUACAUGUUUUCUAUGGUGGAAGUGGGCAAAAUCAGCGUGCCCCUCGGCCCAGGCGCCACCUCAGCCGAAGACAACGUUCUCUACAUUCAGGAGUUUGUGGCCAACCUACUGAGACAGGCGUUCCCGCAUCUCACUGACGGCCAGAUUAAGAUCACCGUGCAGGGUUUGUUCAACCUUGACCAGGACAUCAACGCUUUCAAAGAGCAUUUGAGAGAUUUCCUCGUCCAGAUCAGGGAGUACACUGGCGAGGACGAUUCGGACUUGUUCUUGGAGGAGAGAGAGCAGGCUCUGAGACAAGCUCAAGAAGAGAAGCGGCGUGUACAAAUGGCAGUGCCUGGUAUUCUGAACCCUCACGAGAUGCCAGAGGAAAUGCAGGACUAAGGUAGAUGAGACAUCAAACUCUGCACACAAAAUAACAACAACAGUGAUGACAUUAGAAUUAGUUGUAUCGAGUUAAUGUUUUGCUGUAACCCUUUAUUUGAACAGCCUAAAGUCAGCUUUGUUAAAUUUCUAUCACUCCCUAUUAAAGGCCCUCUCGGUUUGCCUAAUUUGCGCGCGGCGAAAUUCUUGCAAACCGCUAAACAAUGGCAAAAUGGUGAAUUUGGUGCACCUUUUCGUCCUCUACCGGAAAGCUCUGCUCCGUGGAAGUACCAUGCCAAUACAAAUCAACCGAUAAAUUAGUUUUGCUGAAUAAUACAACAUUUUACAGUGUCAGCCCCUUCUACAUUAAAAAGUUGUGUGAACGGAGAUGGAUGUCAAUUUUACCAAUUUCAGUUAAUUUACGAUGUAUUUAUGGACCAAGACUGCCGAAACAUUAACAAAAUCCUAAUUGCGUCGCUGUUUUGUUUUCAAUUUGCUACUGGUAGUUAAGUAAAUCACCUUCACGGAAGGCAUUCAACUUUGGCACACCUGAGCAGCCAGCAUUUUUCUCUUGUCAUCAUCAAUAGAAAUCCUGAUUGUACUGUACCUAGAUACCAUUUUGACUUUAUACAGAUGUAAGCGAGCGACUCCAAAGUGUUUGUGUGCAAGGGAUAUCAGUGCUAAUUUUUAAUUUGAAGUAUGAGGAUCCAAACCGGGUCCUUGUCAUUUUUCUAACCAACUAAUCAUUUUUUUAUGUAGCAUUGUAAACUCGCGUUGUUAAUUGAAGCGCUUCUGUUUAAAGAGGUUGAUAAUUAUUUAUCUAUCUGAGGCAACAAACUGAUGCCCGAUCGGUUGGCUUGCGACCCGGAGCAACUGCAAAAAGUAAUUUGGUUCUGAUGUGUUUCUUGGUAUGAUGGUUCGAUGGCUGCUUAUGUAUAAAUGCUUUUAUAAGUUAGGAAUGCUACGUGGAAAUAAAUUAAUAAACAUAUUUUACAAAUA